AGAGAUUCCAAUCCAUUUACAAGUCAUCUUCUUCCUUAAUCCACUUUGCUGCUUUUCUAAAUCUCCUAAAAAUAAACAUUUUUCUAAAUAUAACAAUAACAGAGUCUUAAACUAGACAAAAAGAAAAAAAGACACAAAACCUCUGUUUCCCUGUUUCCCCGGAUUCUCUCCGAGGCUCUCCUCUCGGAGAUGGAGAAACUUUCCAUCAAUCUCUAACUUUUUUUUUUUUUUUAAAAACAGAGGAGUUUCUCAAAACCUAUGGCUGUUAAAGAAAUGGAGAAGAAGAAGAAGAACAAAGGAAGCAACGAAAAAACAGAGUCAGAGGAACCAUCACCAAGAUGCGUUCUUGAGAUCCAAGUAACGAGUUCUGAUUCCGACAACAGCAGCAGUUGCAGCUCGUGUUCGCCUGAUAAAUCUUUGUUGUCUUCGCCGUUGUCAACGACCGCUGCUGCAACGAACGGUCGUCAAUGGAACAAGAUGAUAGAGUCUAUCAAGAAGAAAUCUAUGAGGAGAUUCUCUGUGAUUCCUCUCCUCGCUACCUACGAGCUCACAAGGAAGAAUAUGCGGAGGAAACAGCCGAAGCUGUCUUCUUCUAAUGCGACGGAUAACGUGUUCGACUGUGGUCAGUUCCUUGUUGCUAAACCGUCGUGGCGUAAUUUCAGUUAUGAUGAGCUUGUUGCCGCCACCGACGGGUUUAAUCACGUGAAUAUGAUUGGGAAAGGAGGACAUGCAGAGGUAUACAAAGGAGUUUUACCUGACGGAGAGACUGUAGCCAUCAAGAAGCUUAUGAGACACGGUAAUGAAGCAGAAGAGAGAGUCAGUGACUUCUUAUCCGAGUUAGGGAUGAUCGCACAUGUUAACCACCCAAACGCAGCUAGGCUUCGAGGUUUCAGCAGUAAUCGCGGUUUGCAUUUUGUCCUCGAGUACGCUCCUCACGGCUCUCUCGCUGAUCUACUCUUUGGAUCUGAGGAAGGUUGUUUGGAUUGGAAGAAACGGUAUAGAGUUGCUUUGGGUGUAGCUGAUGGUUUGAGUUAUCUUCAUAAUGAUUGCCCUCGACGUAUUAUUCACCGUGACAUCAAAGCUUCCAACAUUUUACUUAGUCAAGACUAUGAAGCUCAGAUAUCUGAUUUUGGACUAGCUAAGUGGCUACCAGAGAACUGGCCUCAUCACAUUGUCUUCCCUAUAGAAGGCACAUUUGGGUACCUAGCACCAGAGUACUUCAUGCAUGGGAUUGUUGAUGAGAAAACUGAUGUUUUUGCCUUUGGAGUAUUGCUUCUAGAGAUCAUAACUGGUCGUCGAGCUGUUGAUACAGCAAGCAGGCAAAGUAUAGUUAUGUGGGCGAAACCACUUCUUGAGAAGAGCAGCGUGGAGGAGAUAGUUGAUCCUAAGCUAAGAAAUGAGUUUGAUGAAACAGAGAUGAGAAGAGUGAUGCAAACAGCUUCAAUGUGUAUACACCAUGUAGCCACUAUGCGUCCUGAUAUGAACCAGUUGGUGCAGCUACUGCGUGGAGGAGAUGACAGGUUAGCUGAGCAGAAACAGAUAUCAAGAAGAAUGAGUUUGGACGGGUGUGACUUGCAAGAUCACACCUCUUCCUCCUAUCUUAAUGAUCUCACUCGGCAUAGACAACUCUUGAUGGAGUGA